UAUGAUAUUUUUUAUUGGCUGCACAUCCCAGCGAAGCCCUGCCUUCUGGAGAUGAGAUAUAGCCUCCUGCCGGAUUACAGCCUAUACGCAGCCAGCGGAGGUUUUAUUCUGUUUGCAUGAGGAAAACAUCGUGUCUGAAAGCUGUCACAUGGGGCCAAGGAGGAAAAAAAUCGCUUCCUGAAAUGAUCCCCGUCACUGGCUGUGUGUUGUUGUUGUUUUAGUUUCUCUAACGUUAUCUCGCAUCGCGCUUUAUUUUCCGUCCCCGAUCUUUUGGCCGAGUGUCGUUGCCGAUGAUGAUCAGCAAAGUUAAGAACGCGAUGUCCACUCUGGUGGGAGGGAUGAUGCCGCACGGACACCACCACCACCACAACCAUCACUCAGGUGGGGGCCAGACCUGCGGACCGGACAGCCUGCCGCCGCGCUUCCCCUACGGUCGGCCGGAUUUCUUGGACCUCACCCCGGAGCUCCUGCAGUACUCCACGGAGCACGCAUCGCGGCCGGUGCUCACGUUAAAGAGAGGCAGCAGGCUUCCCUGGGGGACGGGAUACGCAGAGGUGAUCAAUGCGGGGAAGAGCAUGCUGAAUGAGGACCAGGCCACUUGUGAGAAAGUGUUUGUGAAGAAGCCGAGCGGCAAACACAGAAACUCCACUCUGUUGGAGGACAGUGGGGAAGGCACAGGAAUUCCUCUGCACUUCUGGGGAGUGUUCGAUGGACAUGCAGGUUCUGGAGCCGCGAUCAUGGCCUCCAAACUUCUUCACCGCCUCAUCAGAGACCGUCUGGGAGAAAUCUUCCACCUGCUGGAGAAUCCCACCAGUGCGCCUCCUAUCUGCUUGGCCAAGAACGGCAGCCCGUACCAGGUGGAGACGAAGAAAGGAGCUGCACAGGAACCGGAGGACCCCGAUGCUGUCAACGACUCCUCCAUACGCUUUCACAUGGAGAAGGUUGUCAGUUUGGAGAGUCUGGUGAUGGGAGUCAUAGAGACUGCCUUCAAACAGAUGGAUGACCUCAUUGAAAAGGAAAAAUCGUCCUAUGCCAUCUCUGGUGGGUGUUGUGCCUUAGCUGCCAUUCAUUUAAUGGGGAAACUCUAUGUAGCCAAUGCUGGAGAUAGCAGGGCCAUAAUCAUACGAAAUAAUGAAGUUAUUCCCAUGACUAAUGAAUUCACACCUGAGUCAGAGAGGCAGCGUCUACAGUAUCUGGGCUUCCUGAGGCCAGAGCUUCUGGGUAAUGAGUUCACUCACAUUGAGUUCCCUCGUAGGAUCCAGCACAGUGAGCUGGGCAAAAAGAUGCUCUACAGAGACCACACCAUGACUGGCUGGGCUUAUAAGACAAUCGUUGAAGAUGAUCUGAAAUUCCCCUUGAUAUAUGGUGAAGGAAAAAAGGCUCGUGUCAUGGCGACAAUCGGAGUGACUCGCGGGUUGGGAGAUCAUGACCUGAAGGUGUACAACUCCAACAUUUACAUCAAGCCCUUCCUCUCAUGUGUUCCUGAGGUGAAAGUUUAUAACCUGGAUGAGAACAAACACGGCCCAGACGACGUCUUGGUUAUGGGUACAGAUGGACUGUGGGACGUAACAACGGACAGGGAAGUGGCAGAUGCUGUGUCAGCCUACUUAUCCUGCUGUGACCCCUCUGAUCCCAUGAGGUAUACGCUGGCAGCCCAGGACCUGCUGAUGAGAUCUCGAGGAGUGCUGAAAGAGCGUGGCUGGAGGCUACCCAAUGAUAAACUGGGCUCAGGUGAUGACAUAACUGUGUUUGUCAUCCCGCUGGCAGGGCAUGAGUCAGAGACAUGACGAGGAGCUGUAGUGACCGCUAUGACAGAGCUGACUCUUUAGGGUCCUUCCCGCAGUCCCUCCAAGCUCCCUUAACCCUGGACCGAUGGGGCAGCGGGAGAUAAAAACACCUUUGUCAUAGGGAGGACUUGGGUCUGAGCAGCACCUUCAUAAACCACUAGAUCAGACCCUGUCCCAGCUGUGUCAUUCAGCCUCACCCAGGAUCCCAUCUCUUUUGGUUUUGGUCAUGUAACAAAAGAUUUUCAGUGAAAUUUUUAGAGAAGUCACAAUCUGUUUCCCAGACCUGUUGUUUGUGAUGAUUGCCAGUGAAAAUUAAACCCUUGUAGUAUUUUUCUUUCCUGUUUAUGUUCAAGGUUGGGCCGUUCCUCAGACCUUUGAACAGAUUGUUCAUUUUCAUGUCAUGACAUAAAUGUGACUCUCUUUUUUUUUUUUUUAAACUUAACAAACAAAAAAGCCUCCCGCAGUUUUACAAUCAUAAUUUGUAAAGGGGAUUGCAGUAGAGAAUGUGAGGAAACCAAAGAGAUGAUGCUUAGCAGAAGGAUGGAAAUCUCUUAAAAUAAAUACAUAAACGAUAAAACAAAAAAAAAAAUCAUCUGAUUUAUGUCUGUACAUUAAAGAAGCAUGGAGGGCAUAAAAACAGUGGAAUGGACCUUUACCGCACUGGACCCAAACAGAAUCUGCUGAGUCCACGUUGCUGUGUUUCCCCUGUUUCAGUGAUGAUGAAUGAAUGACGACACUUUAGGCACUUGAAGACUGUUGCACUUGCUCUGUGGUAGCCUGUUGAUUUGUGAUACCUUUUUAUUGAAUGUGCUCAUAGAUGAUUUGUUUUAUUUUUGGUCAUUACAAUGAGGAGAACAGAGGGAUAUACUGUUCAUUAAAAAACACACACAAAGCAACAUUUGGAUGAUUUGUUUGAUUUUAUUACACAUUUUCUUUGUUUAGCCCUCAGAAAAGAAAGUAAAUUGUUCUCCAUAAAUGUGUUGGUAUAGUAAGAUGUGAUAAACUUCACACAUAUGCCUUACUAAGAGGUGAGGUGAAUUUAAGAGAUUUUUUUCUUCAGAUGCACUAAAUUUGAUCAUUGUAGAAGUGGCGAAGAACAUUGUAUGCCAUUAAACGUACCAUAUACCUCUUUUGUACCAUUUUUAUUAAGUCAUGUUCUUAUUUAGAUUAUCCAUAUAUUUUUGAAGACAACUUUGGUUGUAAGCAGUAUCAGAAGUUUUAUUUUUAUGUUUAUAUCCAUACUUGUUUAGGAUGAUGGUGUGUCCUAGAAUGUGAGCUAUCAAAGUGUGAGGUAGAGGGAUAAUAUGUACCAGCUUAGAAAUAAAUCUGAUUUUUCCCA